AUGAAUACGUCUUUAGCACCUACUGGGAAUCCUUCUACAGGCAAACCCCCUGUCCCCCAGAUGCUCUCUGAGCCUCAGUUGUGGUCACCGGCCAAUCCCCACUUCAUGCCGCAAAAAUCCAGUGCUCCCUCUGCAGUUCCUACUGUCUUCCCGGAUCCCGCUACCAUCCCCGUACCAUCGCAGCCACCGGCUCCUACUACUGCCCAUGUUCAGCCUGCUGUUCCAAGUCAACCUGAAGCACCAAUGGAUGCAAAUAUGAUAUCUGAUUGCUAUGCUUCAUUACUCGGCCUCGCUGAGACAUUCCGUACCAUGAGCCCCCCAAAUAUGCGACUAGCUGUACACUGUCUGAAGGCAGCACUUAAUUUUAAGCUUCCCGUCAAUGUAGAGGCUCGAACCCACCUACAGAUAGGCCGACUUCUUUUUCACUACAGUAAGAACGACGAACAAACACAAUCGCAUCUGGAGAAAGCCAGAACACUAGGUGCUCAUCUGCGCGCCAAAGAUGAUUCAAUCAAAUUUGAAGCUGCUGCUCUACUAGCCGAGUUCUUCGAACGUAAGCAGGCUCAAUAUACAGAACGGGAUGUCAACUCAGCUUGUGAAAUAUUAGCCAUGGGAUCAGAAUUUGCACAAAUGCACAAUUCAGAUUACACUCGUGGCCUGUUCCUGCUAAGCAAGUGUAUGCUUCUUCUUGCCAGUCGCCAAUUUCCCGAAGUCACAAGUACGCUGUCCGAUGUGAAUUCAUUGAUUGAAGGAUUUCGUGGAACCAAUUACCAUCGCGAAGCGCUCCGGGUAUUUUACCUUGUUCUGCAUGUCUCCUUCUACCUGCUCUCCGGUCAGGCUAAAUCAGCACGUCCCAUCUUGAAGCAGUUGCAUCAGAGCAUACAGCAGUUCGCCGCAAUGGAUGAAAUGGCGGAGGGGGCAAUUAUGAAUGAGAUUGAUCGAUUUCAAUGGAUGCCACGAGAGCACAUGGUCAUACUUGUAUACUUGAUCACAGUAAUGCAUUGGAUGCAGGUCGGCAUGCUUGAUCGGGCCAAACGAUCGGCCGAGAAAGCUCUCACUCAGAUUGAGAAACUCUCAGUGUUUGAUACCAGUCCCCUGCUCACAGUGUUCCACUUGAGCUUGUUAGAACACACAGCCAUGGGACGAUUGGUCAUGGGUGUGCAAACUGCGGCAGCACAAGAUAUUGGACAAGCAUGUCGCAUUUGUCAGGCCAAUCCUGGCCUGAUGUUCAAACGGUUACCACAGCUGCAUACACUAAUCGGGCUGUACGCCAUGUCCAUGAAUUGUAUGGAUCAAGCGGAGAAUCAGUUCAAGUAUGCCUUACGUGUAAGUUCUCUUUCGGGUAUUUGUUUUGUGUCCCUUUCCAAUGUUUGUGGCUAUGACGGGAUGUUGUGGAAAAUUUGGACUACGAUCCAUUAUCGUUUGAUUUUCUUUUCUUUCCCUAAUUGUGCUCAUUCACAGGUAUGCCACAAUGACUGUAGUAGCGUGAAAUAA